GCUAAAUCAGGGGGGUUGUACAUAGCCAAUUGGUAAGCUUGCCAGCUUACCUGAAAAGGUCUCCCUGUUUGUUUUCAGCUGGUAUCAACUGUGCCAAGACAUGUGGGCAGUCUAAUCCACGAGCUCCUGUUCCAAAUAGAAUGUUUUAAUUAAAGUGUCAUGUUGCAAGAGGUCUAGCUAAAUUCACUGAGCAUGUUUGCCAGCACCAGGGAUUCGGAGCAACUUUUUAAUGCACUGAUGAGUUUUUCCUCUGGCUAGAAAGGGAGGGACAGAAGUUCUGUGUAGUGUUUCCCUUGCACAAAAAAAGACAAAUUGCUGCUUCUCUCUCUCUCUCUCUUUUUAAAUGGUUGGCAAGGAGACUCCUGUCUGCCUGGGCACUUCCUGCUUUCAUUAGCAUAGCCCAACCCACAUCGAACAAACGCCCAGCACUACCUCAUUUUAAUGCUGGACCCAGGCCAAACGUACAAGCACUACCCUGAAUAUAAGGAGGAGAAUGACUGCAAAGAGAACCAUAAACUGUCAUAAGGCUAGACCACAUCUCUGGCUAGGGCAGAAAAAUAUUGUGCUGAACAUGAACAGCCUUUUAGAUAGUUUGCAUGGUUGAAAGCAAAACAUACUCAGCAAGGUUCUGACACUGGAAGAAAGAAGGGGAGGGAGAUAAAAGAAUGGGUGUUUCUUUCACAGGUCUGAAAGUAUAACCUGACAGAAGAAUAAGCGAAUUUCAUACCAACUGGGUGCAGUUCAACAGAGGCAGUGUUUUUUUCUUCUUCCCUUUUUUAUUAUUUUCUUCUGCUACAGAAGAAGGAACAUUGUAAAGGAAAGGGGUAGUGGGAACACAGCAUGGCAGGGGCCAAGCGAAAAAAGAAAAAUGCCAUCUGGAGAAACAUCCAUGCACUUCGCUACGAAGACUUCAAACUGUGGUGUGUAAGGAGGCUCCCUGUUCUGGAGUGGGCGCCAAACUACAACUGGAAAGCAGACCUGCUUCCCGACACAAUUUCUGGGAUGAUGCUGGCUGUUCAGCAGGUGACUCAAGGGCUUGCCUUUGCUGUUCUCUCUUCAGUGCAUCCCGUGUUUGGCUUAUAUGGAUCGCUCUUCCCUGCUAUUAUUUAUGCCAUAUUUGGAAUGGGACGCCACGUUGCCACAGGAACCUUUGCUUUGACCUCCUUGAUAUCAGCAAAUGCUGUCGAGCGUCUUGUUCCUCCCAUGAGCAGCAACUUCACAGCAAACAAUAACUCCAUGGUUUUGGGAUUAUCUGAGUUCGAGAUGCAGAGGAUUGGAGUUGCUGCAGCAGUUUCAUUAUUAGGAGGACUCAUUCAAGUAGCAAUGUUUGUGCUGCACUUGGGCAGUGCCACCUUCUUGCUCACGGAGCCGGUGAUAAGCGCAAUGACGACGGGAGCAGCUACGCACGUCGUGACUUCACAAGUCAAGUACCUCUUGGGAAUGAAAAUGCCGUAUAUAUCGGGACCCCUGGGAUUCUUUUAUAUUUAUGCCUACAUCUUUGAAAACAUCAAAUCCAUUCAGUUGGAAGCUUUGCUGCUCUCUGUGCUGAGCAUUGUGAUUCUUGUUCUUGUUAAAGAACUGAACGAAAAGUUUAAAGGGAAAAUCAAGGUGGUUCUUCCUAUUGAUUUGGUUUUGAUAGUUGCUACCUCUGCUGCCUGCUACUAUGCUGAUAUGGAGAACAACUACGGCAUGAAAGUUGUGGGACAUAUUCCAGAAGGCAUACCACUGCCAAGGUCUCCACCCAUGAAUAUCCUCCCUGAAGUCGUCACAGAGGCAUUUGGAGUGGCAUUGGUUGGUUAUGUAGCUUCACUAGCCCUCGCUCAGGCCUCUGCUAAGAAGUUCAACUACUCUGUGGAUGAUAACCAGGAGUUCUUGGCUCACGGCCUCAGCAACGUGAUCCCAUCCUUUUUCUUCUGCAUACCCAGUGCAGCAGCCAUGGGCCGUACUGCUCUCCUAUUCAGCACUGGAGCAAAAACACAGGUGGCUUGCCUAAUAUCUUGCAUAUUGGUGCUUGUGGUCAUCUAUGCAGUAGGACCAAUGCUAUACUGGCUGCCCAUGUGCGUUCUAGCAAGUAUCAUUGUGGUGGGGCUGAAGGGGAUGCUGGUGCAGUUCCGUGACUUAAAAAAGUAUUGGAAUGUGGAUAAAAUAGACUGGAGUAUAUGGGUUAGCACGUACAUAUUUACAAUUUGUUUUGCUGCUAAUGUGGGAUUGCUGUAUGGCGUAGUCUGCACAAUACUUAUAGUGGUUUUCCGUUUCCCAAGAGCAACAACUCUGAGCCUGAAACAUAUGAAAGAAGUGGAAUGCAGAUUCAAAACAGAAGCAGAUUCUGAGUCCUUACAACCGGUAAAAAUCGUCUCGGUGAAUAACCCACUAGUCUUUCUGAAUGCUAAGAAGUUUCACAUGGACAUAUUAAAAAUAAUCCAGAAGGAAAGCACGUGUGCACAGCAGCUACCUGAAGAUAUGAACAAGUAUGAACAGAACACAUUGCUCAGCCCAUUAUCCAAUGGAAAUUGCCAUGGUGAAUCAUCGUUACAGCAAUGGCCCAGCGAAAGGCAUUCACUAAUACUUGACUGCAGUGGCCUGACUUUCUUUGACUACACUGGCAUCUCUGUGCUUACUCAGAUCUACACGGAAUCUAAAAAAAGAAACAUCGAUGUUUUACUGGCAAAUUGCAAAGCUUCCUUGAUAAAGGGGUUGAAGCUCAGCGGAAAGCUGGAAUCCGAGAAUGCCGUCUUCUUUGAAUCGGUGUCAUCAGCUGUUGGUGCCAUUCAGUUGAACAAGAAUUUCUGCAAGCUUAAUGAACACACUGAGGUCUGAAGCUGACCUGAUAUAGAUAUAUUGAACUGCUUACCUACAGAAGGAACUUUGCCGGCGUUUUGUCAGAUCUUCAAACAUGGGAUUUUGAUGGUGAUAAUUGUAUGCCAAGUCUAUUUAACAAAUCCAACAUCAACAGUGUUUACUGUCAAAAUGUUCCUGGAGGUAUCUCUUUGAGUUACCAGCAAUGACAGUUUUUUUAAAAAUAAAUAAAUAAAUAAUAAAAUUGUUAUUUGAUUGCUAUAUAUUUUUGUAUGCAUUUAGAUAAAUAAUAAUUAUUAGAAAGCAAUUUAGGACAUUUCAGUAGUGUAUAUUGUUUUUAACUCUGUCCUAUUGUAACUUAGUUGUAUCAUUUUGUGCAUAAGAGAAUACAACCUUACUGAAUUUUGUACUGCAGUCGCUGGUAUCUAAUCCCAAGGAUCUACAGCUUGUUACAUGGAAACACAAACUGUGAUGUCCAGAUUAUUUCUUUUUAGAUAUGCAGGGCACCCAUUAGAGCAAUCCCACCGUGCCCCUUUCACAUUCUAUCAAAACCACCAAGGUCACUGGCUGUUUUGAGUGUUACUUAUGUUCUGCACUGCUAUAUGUAUCUUCUCAUGAAUUUU